AUGCCUGGCGAUAAUAACUGUUUUUAUAACAUAAAUUUGAGCAUUCACAAAAUAUUCAACCCUAGAUAUAGUGCUCCGAAUAAAAUAAAUGAUGAAAAUAAACCUGCGAAUAAAAAAAGAAGAUGUACAGUAUCAUAUAUAAAUGAAAGAAAUGUAAUACAAAAAUAUAAUAAUGAUUAUUUAAAUUAUAAUUUUAACAAUUCAAUAACUAAAAGACGAAAAUGUUCUCCAAAUUUAGCAUAUCCUAACAAAAAAUAUUCACCACUUUUAAAUAGAAGAGAGUUAAGAAAUAGUGUUAACCAAAGUAUAAAAAAAAGUGAAGUUUUAAGAUCUAUAGUUAGUGAAACUAUUGAAAAAAAAAAAACAGAAAAAAGUGGGAAUAAAGAUAAUGAAAAUUUUUUUAAUAUAAAUAAAAAAGCAUAUUAUCUUAGUAGAUAUUCGGAAGAUAAUAAUUCAAAUGGAAUAGAAAAUGUUAAAGAUAAAAAAAAUAUUAAAUUAUAUUUAUCUGGAAAUAAUAAAGUAGGUUCUACAGUAAAUCUUAACGAAUCAUUUAUAAUGAGUAAUUUGGCUCAAAGUGAAAAUUGUUUUAGAAAUAAAAAUAUGGAUAGUUUAAAUACGUUUCGAGAAAAUAUUCCAAUUUAUGUUAAUUCUCAAUCAACAUUUUCUAGUUUUAAUUUUGAUAGAGAUAUUGAAAAUAAAUAUGUAAAAAAAAUAUUACAAGAUAAUUGUCAAACAGUAGACAAUGAGCAAUUUAAACAAAAUGAAAAACAUAACAUGAUGCAAAAUUCGUGUCGAAUAAAAAAUAAAUAUUCUUAUAUCACAGAUAUGAAUCAUAUUGAAAAACAAGAAUUAGAAGAUGAUAAUAAUGAAAAAAUUAAAAAAAAUAAAUAUAUAUUAAUGAAUAAUAAUAACAAUAGAAACAUUAUUAGUAAUAACCACAAUGAUAAACCAAAUAGGAAUACUAUAACAAAUUCUUUAAAAAGAAGACAUAGUAUUCAGUUUGAAAAAGAACAUGAAAAAUAUAAUUAUUCAGAUUCAAUUUAUGUUAAUAAACGAUUUAAAGAAAACGAUAAAAACGAUAAAAACGAUAAAAAUUGUAAAAGUAGCACACGUCGACAUAGUGAUGUUAUUAAUUCUAAUUCUAUAAAUAGCAUAUAUAUGAAUAAUAUGAGAAAUUCUGUUAAUUUUCAAAAUAAUAUGGAUCUGAAUAUGGCUAGACAAUAUAAUACAUCUAAUAAUUCACAUAAUUUUAAAAACAUAGAUGUCAAUAAAAAUGCAAAGGACCAAAAUGAAGAAAAACCAUGGUUUAAAAAUUGCUUCUUGAAAAAUGAUGGCAUAUUUGACAAUCACCAAGGAAUUCGAAAGAAAAAAGUUGAUAGCGCAAACUCGAAUGGACAUGACGGAACCAAUUUGAAGAAUGAUGCAGAAUACCUUUUUAGCACCGAAUUUUUUAAAGACGUUUAUUCGAAUAUUCAAAGAAAAGGAGAAUUAAAUUUUAUUGACGAAUUAUUGGAAAAGGAUAGCGAAUAUUAUAUUAGCAAAAGUAAAUUAAAUAAAAUUGUUGAAAAUGCAAAAAAUAAAGAAACAAAAUAUCAUUAUAUAGAUAGAUUGUUUUUGUAUAGACAUGCAAAACAUGUAGUAGGAGAUAAAGAAUAUGAAGCAUAUAAAAAUAAAUGUAGAUCUAAACAAAAAUAUUUAGAUGUACCUUUUCCAAAUUUAUCAGAAAUUAUGAAUCUUCAUCCUAUUAGUGAUUUAGACGAAAUAGAUGAUAGUGAUGAAUUUUAUGGAGCAGAAGUAAAACUACUUGAAGAUUUUUAUUCUAAACCCCCUAAAACCAAACAACAUAAUAAAAUAUGUAAAUUUUUUGAUAAAAAAAAUGAUUUUGAAAAUAAAAUAAUAAUAAAAAAACGACAUCCAAUAAAUAAACCUAAUAAUGAUCUAUAUGUAUUAGGAACUAGAGAAAAAUUAAUAAAUUUAAUGAAUAAAUUUAAAAGAGAAAAAGAUUCUUUUUUUGAAAAAAUAUUAGAUGCACCAGAUUUUUCGAAAUUAUUAGAACCUGUACAUUCAGUUAAUGAAAGCUUUUUAUUAUCACAUCAAUUAUUUAAUCUUCAACAUGCUGCACAAUUUGGUCCAGUUGUUUAUCUUAUAAAAACAGAAGAUGAAAAAUAUAUUUAUAGAGCUAUUGAAGUAAGUAAACUAUAUGAAGAUAAAGUUAAAUCAAUUCUUGACAAUAAAAAACAUAAUAGUGAUAAUAAAGAACGAAAUGAUGGUUAUGAUUGUUAUUCAAAUGAAAGAUAUCCAUUCUUACAUGAACUAGAUGUAAAAUACUAUCUCAAAAUACCAAUGAGUACAGGAUGGAAUCAUUUUUGCUAUUUGAAAAAUCAACAUAAUGUUCUUUUUUUUAGACGACUUAAAAAUCCAUCAGCUAUACAAUAA